AUCCCCUCCCUCCCGGCCCUCUCCCCUCAUCACCACACUUCGCUUCCUCCUCCCGGCUCUCCUCCUUCCUUCCUAGUCCCUCCCUCCCUUCUCCUCACUCCGGCGCGCGCAAUCCAGAAGAAGCACUGGAGGACGGCCAGCGACGUGCCGCGGGGGGCGGGAUGACGAGGCGGUGCUCGCACUGCAGCCACAACGGGCACAACUCCCGGACGUGCCCCAACCGCGGGGUCAAGAUCUUCGGGGUGCGACUCACCGAUGGCUCCGCCAUCCGCAAGAGCGCCAGCAUGGGGAACCUCUCCCUGCUCGCCGCCGGAUCCAGCAGCGGCGGCGGCGCGUCCCCCGCCCACGACGCCCACUCCCACGCCGACGGCUACGCCUCCGACGACUUCGUGCAGGGCUCGUCCUCCGCCAACCGCGAGCGCAAGAAAGGGGUUCCUUGGACUGAAGAAGAACACAGGAGGUUUUUGCUUGGAUUGCAAAAGCUUGGAAAGGGGGAUUGGCGAGGAAUUUCUCGUAAUUUUGUGGUUUCAAGAACUCCUACUCAAGUAGCAAGUCAUGCGCAGAAAUAUUUUAUACGCCAAGCCAAUAUGAGCAGAAGGAAGAGAAGGUCUAGCCUUUUUGACUUGGUGCCUGAUGAGUCCGACCUGCCACCACUUCCUGGGAAUCAUGAACCAGAGGCCCAAUUGUUAAAUCAACCACCACUACCUCCACCCAUGGAGGAGGAGGAGGUAGAAUCCAUGGAAUCAGAUACUUCUGCCAUUGCAGAGAGUUCUUCAGCCUCUGCUAUCAUGCCAGAGAAUUUGCAGUCAAGCUAUCCAGUAUUGGUUCCAGCUUAUUUCUCACCAUUCUUGCAAUUCUCAGUUCCUUUUUGGCAAAGUCAGAACGAUGGGGAUGAUCUUCGACAAGGAACACAUGAGAUUGUCAGGCCCGUUCCGAUUCAUUCAAAGAAUCCAAUCAAUGUUGAUGAGCUGGUUGGCUUGUCGAAGCUAAGCAUAGGGGAUCCCAAGCAAGAGACAGUAUCUACUUCUCUUUCACUAAAGUUGGUAGGAGGUCAAAAUAGGCAAUCAGCUUUCCAGGCAAAUCCCCCGACAAGGGCUCAGGCGUGAUCCUCUUCAGCACAAAAACUGCAUUUAGACGAGUUCCGGCAAAAUAAGCUUUGCCUCUUUUUUUCUUUUUAUGUUCAAAAUUAACCGAGCUCUGUAGUCUGUACCAAUGUGCCCUGGUGUUGUAAGUUAUGUAUGAAUGCAUGUGUUGUUUGUAUGGCACACAUGAUAUGCCGCUGGAUGUUAACAAAAUCAUUAAUGUUAGUGCUGAUCUCUGUGGUUGUAUUAUUGUAAACUCUUAUAUAAGAAAACAAGAUACUAGUCAGUUACUUCUAACUCUGAAGUCAGCACGGUUCAUUCUGCUGAA